AUGAUGUUAGUUCAAGUCUAUGUGAUGUUUCAAUCACUAGGCGCAUGCUCAAUGGGUUGGACUCCGAUCACUGCCACAGCCUGUUAUUUAUCGCUAAUUGCUGCUACGAUAAAUUUAUUAGGCAUGAUUCUUCAAGGUCUUGACAGGUUAGAAGAAGGUAUGGCUAUUAAAUUAUCUGCUUCUGAUUUCCUAUUAAAGCUAAGUGUUCACGAUUUCAAAAGAUUCCAUAAAUUCACCUUUGGAAUUUUUGACGUCAACUUCGAUUUGUAUUGUCUGGAUAUUGAUAAUUCCACUCAUUUAAAUUGUAUUGAGUUUAUCACUGGUUCUAAUAUUUUGUUACCUAAAGAUACCAAUGCCGAAGUAUGCGUCUCUGACGUUGCAAAGGAAAGGGUUAGGAAUAUUUUACCUCACAGGUUUACAAAAAAUGAACUUUUGAAGAAGAUUAAGAAACUUGUUGAAAACGGGAAGUAUAAUGAUGUAUUGGAGAAUCCAUUAUUAUUUUAUAAACUCCUGUGGGGUAUGCAUGGGGAAACAGUAUCCAAUUCUAAAAUGAACUUUACCGAAUGUUAA